AUCACAAACAUCCAAAAACAAACUUUGAUCUUAAAAAGUCAUAGCAGCAUGAUUCAUACUAAGACCGGGUCAGGUCGUCGGAUCCUGACUUUUCCGGCUGUGCAACCAUGCGAAUCAAUCUCCAUAGUCACCUUACUCGACUCACUCAUUCAACUCGCCGGCGACAUUCUCACAUUCAAGUCGAAACACUUCUCCACCAAUAAACAAAGCUUCAGAGAAACUCUAAGGCGAAUCCAAAACCUAGUUCUCGUCUUCGAAGAGAUCCGGAUCCGAGUCGGGACUCCGAGACGCUAUUUCCACCACGACUCUGCUGCUGUCUUGAGUCUCAAGGAGAUCCACGUCAUCUUCCAGAAGCUCAAGUUCCUUGUAGAAGACUGCACAAGAGACGGAGCUAGGCUAUGUAUGAUGAUGAACUCUGAUCAAGUCUCGGAUCACCUCCGUGUCCUGACUCGAUUCAUAUCCACCAGUCUUGGUGCGUUCCCUGUUGCAUCCGUUGACUUACCGAGCGAAGUCAACGAGCUGGUUGACUUAGUGGUGCGGCAAACUCGUAAGUAUGGAGUCAAACUUGAAACAAAUGAUAUACGGGUCAUGAGCUCUGUUAAUCGGAUCCUUGCUCUGUUCGAGAACAGAGUUAUUCCUGAUCCGGAUGAAAUAAACAUGAUACUAGAUCACGUAGGGAUAAGAAAAUGGGGAGACUGCGUCAAAGAGAUCAACUUUCUCGGAGAAGAGAUAGCUGCGGAGCGGUUAGAUGAGAAGAAGAAGCAGAAGAAUAGUAACGUUCGAGUCAAGCUUCUCAGUAGCUUAAUGGGGUUCAUAUGCUAUUGCAGAUGCGUUAUACUUCGACGGAUCGAGAGAGAUGAUGCUCAUCAUCAUAACGUAGAUGAUAAUGACAAAGACCAAGACUUGAUUCGAGGAUUAAGAGUUGAGGAUCUCCUUUGUCCAAUCUCACUAGAGAUUAUGAUGGAUCCUGUGGUUAUAGAAACAGGGCACACAUAUGAUCGGAGCUCAAUUACAAAAUGGAUCGGAUCCGGUAACAUCACGUGCCCUAAAACCGGAAAGAUUCUCGCGAGUACUGAUUUGGUUGACAACGUUUCCGUGAGGCGAGUGAUAUAUAAUCACUGCAGAACAAACGGCAUCGUUUUGACGAGUAUUGUUGUUGGCCGGAGAAGGAAGACUCAAGACGACGUGGUGCCGGAGAGUUUGGCUGCAAAGGGAGCUGCGAAACUCAUGGCAAAGUUUCUCACUUCAGAGCUACUCAAUGGCGACAUGGAGAUGAUUUACAGAGCCGUGAGAGAGAUUCGUGUUCAGACCAAGACAAGUAGUUUUAACAGGUCUUGUCUGGUUAAAGCUGGUGCCGUGAGUCCACUCUUAAGGCUUCUUAGCUCCGAAGAUUCCAAGGUUCAAGAAAACGUUCAAGAAAACGCAAUGGCUGGGAUCUUGAAUCUUUCAAAGCACGUUACUGGUAAAUCCAAGAUUGUUGGAGAAGGGUUGAAGAUCAUCGUAGAGAUUCUCAACGAAGGAGCUAAAACAGAGACGAGACUAUACGCUGCUUCUGCUCUGUUCUAUCUAUCUUCCGUUGAAGAUUACAGCAAACGGAUCGGAGAAAAUAAAGAUUCGAUUCCGGGGCUGAUGAAGAUCGUUAAAGGAGAAGAUUACGGCGGUUCGGCGAAACGCAACGCGUUGCUCGCGGUUAUGGGUUUGUUGAUGCAGUCUGAUAACCAUUGGCGUGUUCUCGCCGCCGGAGCUGUUCCUAUACUUCUUGAUCUGAUGAGAUCGGAAGAUACCAGCGGCGAACUCACGGCGGAUUGUUUAGCGACGCUAGCGAAGCUGGCGGAGUAUCCUGAUGGGACGAUUGGGGUGAUCCGACGUGGCGGUUUGAAACUCGCGGUGAAAGUUUUGUCUUCGUCGGAUGUUUUGCCGGCGGUGAAACAGCACUGUGUUGGUCUGAUUCUGAACCUUUGUCUUAACGGAGGUCGUGACGUCGUUGGGGUUCUGGUGAAGAACACGUUAGUUAUGGGGUCGCUUUACACGGUGUUAAGUAACGGCGAAUAUGGGGGAAGCAAAAAGGCUAGCGCGCUUAUCAGAAUGAUCCAUGAGUUCCAGGAGAGGAAAACCGGUUCGUCCGGUUCAGUUGAACCAAGUCUUCAAAGAGGACGGUUUGUUCACGCCUGGUGAUUUUGGUUAUUUACCAAAAAGUAACUCUUGAGUAUUUCUUUUCAACCAUUGGGCCACAACAUGCCAGACCAUCAACUUCUUCUUCUCAUCUUCUUCCUCUGCCCGGACUUGAACUCAUGAGGUGAAGAGUACUUUUGUAUCCCUCAAACCAAAUGAGCUAACAAAUCCAGGCAACUCUUGAGUAUUUCAAAGAGUUAUUUACCAAAAAGAAACUUAAAGGGUGAAAUUCAUUUUUUUUUUUUACAUAUGUAAGUAGUAUUUGAUGUAUAAACCAAAGAGGGAUGGCAUUAAGCUUCAUGUUUUUUGAGAAGCUGUGUAGUCCAUACUUCAUACUGUAAUUUUUUUUCUUCAUAGAUGUAUAAAUUAAUUAAUAAAAACAAUUACAAUAUGAAGUCAAACUA